CAAUCAUUAUUCAGAAUAUUAAUUAAUUUCAUUUUCAACUCCUUCUAAUGGUCUAACAUUCUUUUUAAAUAAAGGAUUCUCUUUCUGCAAUAGUUGAAAUAGGCAUCACAAAAUAAGGAAAAAAGAAUAGAAAAGAGUAGUUGACAAUAUGGGUAUCUGCAUAUCCACUGCAUCUAAUGAGAUUCAUGUUAAUGAUUUUGGCAAUGAAAAUGUGGUUUACUAUCAAGACAACAACAAUAAUGAGGCCAAAUAUCUACAAGUUGGUUCAUUUUUUUCUCAACAAGGAAACAAAGGACCCAAUCAAGAUUCUGCAAUACUCUAUCAGAGGUAUGGGGUAGAAAAUGGUGUUUUCGCUGGUGUCUUUGAUGGGCAUGGGAAGAAUGGAGAAAUAGUCAGCAAGUUAGUUAUGAAUAAGUUGCCAUCUUUGUUUCUGAAAAAUAUACUUUCUCUGCCAAAGAUCAGUCCUGUAGAUAAUGAGGCAGUGAAGACCAAUAAUUUUAACAAGUGGAAAGAGGCUUGUUUUAGUUCCUUUAAAUUGAUGGAUAAAGAUAUUAAAAGUCUUCAAAAAUUGGAUUGUUCUUGCAGUGGAACUACUGCUGUGGUUGCUAUAAGACAGAAUGACGAUCUGAUUAUCGCUAAUCUUGGUGAUUCUCGAGCUGUACUUGGCAGAAAGACAGAAGAGGGAGUAAUUGAAGAUGUUCAGUUAACUACUGAUUUGAAGCCUAGCCUGCCUUCUGAAGCAGAAAGAAUAAGGAAGUGUGAUGGGAGAGUUCUUGCACUUAAAGAAGAACCACAUAUACAGCGAGUAUGGUUACCCCAUGAAGAUGCUCCUGGACUAGCAAUGUCUAGAGCUUUUGGAGAUUUUAUGCUCAAAAAAUAUGGCAUAAUCUCCAAGCCUGAUGUCUCCUAUCACCAUAUUUCUCCCAAUGAUCAAUUUCUUGUUCUAGCAACUGAUGGGGUUUGGGAUGUCCUGAGCAAUGACCAAGUUGUUUCCAUAGUAUGUGCAACAAAUAACGCAGCAGCAGCCUCAAAGGCAGUGGUAGAUGCUUCUUUAUCUGCAUGGAAUCAGAAGUUUCCUAACAGCAAGAGAGAUGAUAGCACUGCAAUCUGCCUCUUCUUGCAACAACAUGCAUCUCUGCAAAAUAGUACUUAAAGGCUAAAGCAAAAGCUAUAUACUUAUGCCUCUCCUUAAUGCUGGAGCUGCGACAAUUUUGGGUGCUGCUGAUGCUAUCUAGCAAUACGGUUAUCAACAUUCGGUCAGAUAUUGAUACGGGUACUAUCAUGAUCGGGGUCCAAUGCGUCAAGACUCGAGCUCGGGGCUACCCAUCCAAGGAACAAGCUUUGAAGUGUAGAGAACAAGUCCCACAAGCUCCAAAACUGUUCACUGUUCACCGCGUUCACUGUUCAUCCGCCCUUUGCAAGGGUUUUUUAGUCAUUUAUAAUAAGUUAACCUAGGUAUAAGUAGAAACUCAUUAGGUCAUUUUGAGGGUAUUUUUGGAGAAUAUAUUUUGUAGCCUCUUUGAGAGUCUUUAGCAAGGUGGAAUCCUUGGACAAGGUGGGAUCCUUGUGUUGAUCAUUUGCUUAGAAAUGGAGAUUGCUUGGAAAUUCCGAUUUUCUUGAGGUCACGUAAGAGAUAGGUUUAGGUUGUGUGUGGUAUAAAAGGUCCAAAAGUGGAAUAAGCUUUUGGGCUGUUAAUAUUAUAUCAUCCCUUUGUCUAUCUAUCUAUCUUUACUUUCUUGUAAUUGUUUGCCUAUAUCUAGUGUAAUCCGUUUGUGUUCUUGUCUUGUAACCGUGUGUUGUUGUUAUUGCAUCUUGUUAAUUAAGUGUUGUUGCUA